AUGCAUAUUUUCAAAGAAGCAAUAAUAAGUAUUGUCAAGCUGGCCAUUAACCGCCAGGAUAACAAUCGUUAUGCCAUGAAAAUCCUCUCCAAGACCAAACUCAUGAAACGGGCCAUGUUGUUCAAAAGCUCACCCAAGCCCUCACAAGAUCCGUAUCGGGAGAUUGCCAUCUUACGAAAACUGAACCAUCCCAACAUUGUCAAACUGGUGGACGUGCUGGAUGAUCCCGAGGAGGACAAUCUGUACAUGGUCUUUGAGUUGAUGGAAGGCGGCAAGGUGCUUGAAGUGCCGACAGCAUCGCCCUUGUCGGAAAAACAGGCACGCCUAUACUUCCGUGACAUCCUGUCGGGGGUGGAAUACCUGCAUUUAAAUCGAAUUAUCCAUCGCGAUCUUAAGCCGGAUAAUAUGCUUUUGGAUGAGAGCGGUCAUGUGAAGAUUGCGGAUUUUGGUCUAAGUGGCGAAUUUGUCGGCAUGGACGACCAAGUGGCCUCACCCAACGGCACACCGGCCUUCACUGCCCCCGAGUGCCUAGAUCCGGAGAAAAAGGGCUACUCGGGCCAGGCCAUCGAUAUGUGGUCCCUGGGCAUCUCCCUCUACGCCAUGCUGUUUGGCGAUGUGCCCUUUAAGGAUGAGAACGUCUAUCGACUGUACGAGAGGGUCCGCAGUGAUCCGCUGACCUUCCCGGAUGACUGCGAUUUAUCAGCGGAUUGUAAAGAUUUCAUAUCUCGAUUGCUGGAGAAACAUCCAGGCAAACGCCUGGCCAUGUCGGAAGCGAUGAACCAUCCCUGGAUAUCGCAGCGGGGCAAGGAUCCGCUCACGACCCGCCGUGGCUCAUUGGUCCCGGUGCCGGAAGAUUUGACCACGGAGGAUCUGGAGUGCUGCAUCCAUAAAGUGCCCAAAGUCAAACGGUUCAUUUUGAUUCGCAAGUUUUCCAACGGUGUGACGGGAUUGUUGGCCCGUCGUAAGCGCCGUCUGAGCGCCAAUUCCGACUCGGAUGCCAAUGUCCCGGCGCUGUCCUCGUCGCCGUUCCGCCGCGGUAGUGCAACGGGCGGACGGCUGUUUAAGCGCGGCAAGAAGCCCGAUGGACGCCGAGUGAACGGUUUGAGUCCGGAAACGAUGAAAUGAAAAGGGGGAAAUUUAUUUGGAUUGUACACUGGAUGUACAGUUUUUAUGUAUGUGUGUGUAAACGAGAGGAUUAUUUACUGCCUGCUGCUGUGCAAUUCUGGUGAUCAUCAGGAGACCGGAACGUUUCCGUGGGGAAAAAACGGAAUACGGUGGUUAACCCGGAUAAUUUUUGAUUUGCUGCCCUUGCGCUUCUCUUUUUGGUUGCUGUUUUUAUUGGGGAUUGUUGCCGUUUGUGUUUGGAUUGGACGUUGUACAGGGAUUUCGUCACGGUUUACCAGUUGCGCUUUCAAUUUCAUAUGGGGAGAGUUCGUAGAAACCAGGAAAGAAGCCAGUCGUUGGAAAGAAUGAUGUUUUUCGGAGAGACAGAACAGAGAUUUCCUAUUUUUUGCCUAAUUUUGUUGAUAAUGUUAUUACUUUUCCCGCUUGUUGCUGCUUUCUUUUCUAUUCUUUGGGACAAAGAUUGGAGAGUUUAUGGAAAUGAGCGAAUGGCGAGCGGUCAUGCAACAACGCAAAAUGUACAGGAUGUGUGGCUUGUAAUUUUACGCCGCGGUGUUUUGUUGCUAAUUUUGUGGGGCUUGGCUUGGUGGUUUUGUUUUUGGGGGGAGAAGGCUACUAAUCUUUAUUACGGUCCGUGGUGCAUCUUUAUCCUAUUUGUUUAUAGACUCUUCGGGCUAAUGCAGAAACCCCGCACAGUGUAUGUAUUCUUUCAAUUUGGGCUUUUUAUUUCUGGGAUUUGCGGUUUUUGAGAGAGAUGUGGCCGGCUGCCAAUCACGGCCGGACUCUUUAUAACCUGUUAAUCUUUUUUGUAUAAUUUCCUGUACGUUUGAUCGCAACAUAUGCUCUUAUACAGUAUUACGAAGCCUUGUAAAGAUGAAAAAUAAAAAGUUGUAUAUUUG